GGGGUUCCGGUUUGUUGAUUUCGGUGCUCGUUGUGUCUGAUUGUUUGUCUUCUGCAAGAACAUACCCUCGGCCGAACCAUGAGCACGAACGAUUCGAAAGGCGGUCCGGCGAGCAGACCGACCACGGUGAUGCACGGCGCGAUACCGGGAGCCAUCGGCGUCCACAGCGAAAGCAUCAAAACGAUCGAAACAACGAAACCACCGGGCCCCGGCGGAGGAAGCGACGGGCGCGCUGCCUCUGCCGGCACGCCAGCRGAAUUCUGGGUGUCCGUCGUUGCCCGGUGGAAACUCUUUGCCUCGUCCCUAUACGAUUCGACCGUGGAGUUUGUCGCGGGGUUCAUAUCCGAUGUUCUGAGCCACCACAGAGUGGAAAAAGCUGUCAUUGAUGUGAUCGUCCGGGCUAUCAACGCUUUCUUGGACCAGGAAGACAUUGGGUCGAAAAUGGACGUCACCGCACGGCGGGUUAUCUACGACCGAGAAAAGGCCAAAGAAGCAUCGAGGGCACUCGGCAAAGAAGUAUUGCCCAUGGUAACGGGAUUCGUCGGUGGUGUUGCUCACUCGUUGACGCCAAGCCUGAUGAAAAAAAAGAAACAGUCGAAAAAAGAUCGAGAGGAAGCCUUCGACUCCUGCCCCUCGGGCUUCGAUAUCUCGGAAGGAGACGAUGAAAAUUCCGAAGACGACGGGGACGGACGGGGUUUUGGCAAUAGCAAAAAGACAAAAUAACGAAUUUUUCUAGUUUAUGUGUGUGUAAAAGCAUCAUUUGUCUUCCUUUUUGGAGGAAACUAUGUCAUGAGGGAUAAGAUCUCAAAGCACAACUUCAGAUAAUGUAUUUUUUACUGCUUGGACUUGCCUGGCCCACAAAUCAGAAU